CCCGGCGGCCGGAGGCGUCCUGCCCUCGGCCUUCGCCCCUCCUCCGGCCGCCCGCAGGUGAGGCCAGCCCCGGGGCCUGCUGCCGGCAGGGAGAAGCACCUGUGGUGCCCGCCCGCCGUACCCCCGCCAGGUGGGUAAAUUUGUGCUCUUACGGUCAUGCCCCCUGGCUUCAUGGAAGGACCAAAAGCUUCUGCAUGGAAGAGCUGUUGCAGAAUUGGAGCUCGUGUUUGGAUAUAAAAUCUCAGAAGACACAAGUCCAGUCUAGGUGGCUGGGUACAGGAGUGAAGGCUCCUUCUGGAGCAGCAGCCAGGGCCUUUGAAGGUGAUGACAAUUCUGGAAGGAAGGUGAUUACCUUCAGUUGCUGCCGUAUGCCCCCUUCUCACCAGCUCAAUCACACCAGAUUGCUGGAGUACUUGAAGUAUACUCUGGACCAGUAUGUAGAGAAUGAUUAUAUGGUUGUCUACUUUCACUAUGGCUUGAAGAGUCUGAAUAAACCAUCUCUGAAAUGGUUACAAACUGCCUACAAAGAAUUUGACAGGAAGUAUAAGAAAAACCUUAAAGCACUGUAUGUUGUACAUCCAACGAACUUCAUAAAAAUUCUGUGGAAUAUUUUUAAACCUCUUAUAAGCCAUAAGUUUGGGAAAAAAAUCACCUACUUGAACUAUUUAAGUGACCUGAGAGAACAUCUCAAAUAUGACCAGCUUAAUAUUCCUCAAGAAGUCAUCCAACAUGAUGAAAAUCUUCGGGGGAAACAGAAGGGAAAACUGCCACCUGUUGUUAAAAUUCCUCCACCAAGACCACCUCUACCUACCCAGCAAUUUGGAGUCAGCCUACAAUAUAUCAAGGACAAAAAUAAGGGUGAACUAAUCCCCCCAGUAAUGAAGGAAACCAUAUCCUACCUAAAAAGAAAAGGACUACAAGUAGAGGGCCUCUUCAGAAGGUCAGCCAGUGUCCAGACUAUCAAAGAUGUUCAGAAACUCUACAAUCAGGGCAAGUCUGUGAAUUUCGAUGACUAUCAUGAUAUCCAUAUUCCUGCUGUUAUCCUAAAGACUUUCCUUAGGGAACUCCCUCAGCCAUUACUAACCUUUGAAUGUUAUGAUCCUAUCCUUGGAAUCACCAGUGUGGAGAGCAGUUUACGAGUAACCAGAUGUAAACAGAUCAUUCAUGGACUUCCUGAACAUAAUUAUGUUGUUCUAAAGUAUCUGAUAUGCUUUCUCCAUAUGGUUUCGCAGGAGAGCAUAUAUAACAGAAUGACAGCAUCCAGCCUGGCCUGUGUCUUUGGCUUGAAUUUGAUCUGGCCGUCUAAAGGAACAGCCUCGCUGAGUGCUCUGGUACCUCUGAAUCUCUUCACUGAACUACUGAUAGAUUUCUACAUGAAUAUAUUCAACUCCCGAACAGUGCCUGGUGAGAUCUUACCUUAAUGCUCCCAGAAAGGGAAAUGAGGUUAGGCUGCCUAAGGAAAAUGUCUCCGUGCCUCAACUGGCAGGAUCUUUAUAUUCAGUUCCCUCUCCUAUAAAAAAAAAUACUUUCAAUAUAGAGUAAAGUUUCUAUAACUUUCCAGGUACCAAAGACAUUGAGAGAAGCACACUGCCCCAUGUGUUCCUCUCAAAUGGGAGAAUAUGAACAUUCAAGGACCUACAGGUCAAAGUGAAUCCCCUUAUUAAACUUGAGCAGUUGACGAAAACUGAUAUGUUAAAAAAAAAAUCAUGACAGUAGGUGACACUCUGUCAUUUGUUUAGGGAUCUGAAGACCUUACUAUGUGACAUUAUUUUCUGGGGCCAUGCAGAGCUAAGUUCUGGACCACACCUGACUGUACAGCUUUUUUGUUGUUACUACUAUUACGUGAAUACGAGUUUGUUAGAAAUUUCUCUAAGUUAAUAAAGAUGGAAUCAAUUUUUAAGAUAUUAAAAUGUCUAGACCUAUUUUUCCCUAUAUUUAAGUGUCUUGUUUUACACAGAAAGGUGUGUGCAGUUGUGGCACGUCAGGCUUGCUGCUUCCGUGGAGAAUGAAGUAUUUCCUGGAUAGUAUGAGCUGUGCAGACAGCUAGCUAGUUAUGCUUGCAGAUUUCUAACAUAUGCAGUUAAUCACUGUACCAAUCACAUGCAAAAUGUGUGGAAGGUCCUUUUUAUUAUAAGUUUAAAUGAAGAACAAUAAUCUUACAUUUUUACUCUUGGUACUUGUAACCUUUAUCAGUGGAACAUUACUGAGUGCAUAAUAGAUAAUAUAGAAUAACUUUGAGAAAAGUACUCCUUAUGUUUGGGCUGCAUGCCUUUGCAGUUUAAGUUGAUGGAAAUUUGUUCUUCAA